CUGCCCCCUUGUGGCGAAUAUGUGUUUCGCUUCAUCCUUGCAUUACGGUGGAGUGGGCGGAGCCUCAUGAAUGACGGUUAUUUUUUUCAAACGAGGAAGUGAAGUCAAGUCCGCCAUUUCAUCUUCUUCUUUAUAUCGGAAAAGAAAGGAAUCAUGCAAGCUGAAGGAAAUUACAACUCUCACAUCAGUGCAUUACUAAUUGUUUGACUUCAUCAUCAAGCACACCAGACGGUGCGGUGGUACAGUGGAUAGCUCUGUUGCCUCCCAGCAAAAAUGUUUCUGGUUCGAGCCUCGGCUGGGUCAGUUGGCAUUUCUGUGUGAAGUUUGUAUGUUCUCCCCGUGUUGGCGUGGGUUUCCUCCGGGUGCUCCAGUUUCCCCCACAAGACAUGCGGUACAGCUCAGAUUGUGAUGGACCGGGAAUGCGACACCAGUUACUCUUAAGUCAAGAACCAAAUGAAGCACCAGAGUACAGAUUAUGGAGGUAUCUGAAGUUGAACUAACUGGAAGCAGGGAACCAUACUAAUAAAGUUCCUUAAGCAGGUUCCUUGUAAAGAUUAACCCAGGGAAGGAUCGAAAAUGGAGAAGACCAGAUCAAGAAAGACUACAUCAAGAUCUGCGGUCAGUUCAAAGGUUUUCGUCAGAGCAUGCAGUGACUAACUUUAAGUUGAGGAAUAACGUUACAUUUGUGAGAACCAGUUUGAGCUGGCACCUGAAAGGUAGCUGGAAUUGUGGAGACAAGAAGAGCUAACAGAAAAUGGAUGAAGUAAUGAUGAAAGAUUUGGUGUUGUCAUUCUUACCGGGCCUCUCCGUUGAAACUCUGACUUCACUACUGAGUUUCUUGCAAGAAAUUGGCGUGGAAAGCAAGGAAGAUCUUGCUUUGGUACAAGAAAAAGAUCUAGAGAAAUACCUUCGACCUAUUCAGUGUCGGAAGUUACUAAAUGGCUUUCAAGGAUUUGCAGUAGUUCAACUGGAAAUGAUUCCUGUGCCCUCUACAUCUUUUGACCCUACUUUCCUUAAAGCUCCUCCCACUGUACCUCCCAGCAUAGUUUCACCUCCCUCCUUGCAGAUUGGCAGACCAUGGCAUGCAGAAUUUCAAGUGAAUUGGGAUAGGAUGCCAGCCGCAAUUCGCAAAGCAAUUGCAGAAAAAGCAAGACCAAUUCCUGGCGAAAGAAAAGAUAUGGUGAAGGCAGUGGUGGAUCAAAUAUUAGAUCAUGAUCCUAACCCAACAAGAGCAAUGUGUCACAACAUUGCUCGAAGCAUUAUAAGGACCCAUCCAGAGUGCUUUGCUGAUAUGUCAAAAAAUGGAGACAUCAUUGGUGAUGGCUGUUAUUCUCUUCUGCAGCAAAUUAAAACUAGAGUUGAAUAUAAGAACAGGAGCAACACCCUGGUGAGACGCCGCAAAGAGAGAAGGCCACAAAGUGAAGUACCAGAUGAAAGCAGAGACAAAAAAAAAAAAAGAGGUCCUGUUGAUCAGUAUGGCUGUGUUAGAUGGAGUCCGGAAUUUCCUCUUGGUGAAACAGAGGCAUCUUUAGAUGAAAUGAAAAGCCAUCUCCUUACCUUGUACUCAGUGGAAGGCAUGAGUGGUGCUGAGACUGCUGAGCCUUUUAUGGAGAAGACAUAUGUCAUCCAGAGGCGCUUUCUUAACAGUGUGCCUGCACCAUCAAUUGCCAUGGUUAAAGAGGAAUGGCCUUUUCUCUUCUCUUUAAGAGGUAUUUUUUCUCAUUUUUCUGUCUUGACCGAUGUGUCCAUCCUCAUGAAGUUCCGAGAGGCCCUGGAAACCAAAGGGAGCACCCUUUUGAAGUUUUGCAGAAAAACCAAUUGUCAUCAUGGGGUUAAGGAUGUUUUGGAUUCUUUUGAACCGGAUGUUUCAAACAAGGCUGCAUGCAUUCUUUUACUGCUCCUGGCCUAUUUCAAAGAGCCAAAGGAUGCCAUUGUGCUUGAGGCUGAUCCUUGUGCAACAGCCAUUGAUGUGGAACAAAGUAUGGUGCUACCAAGCAGCCCACGGUUGAUUGUACAAGGGGACGCAAUGAAAGCCACAACGUGGAUGUUGUCACUGGAGGGUCAAGUGGUCAUGGGACCACUCACAGACAUCACAACUGGUUUGGCUGCCAUUUUUGCCAGCUACUAUAAUUUCAAUCUGAAGUAUGCAGAAGAGGCUUCGUGCACUCUGGAAUUUAUCCAAAGGUGCUUCUUGGGCAUCAAUCCAGAGACUGGUGCGAAGUCUAAAAAGCAGAGAGGAAACAUCAACCAGUCCGUGUGUACACUUGUUAGGAAAAUAAUAGACUUUGAAUGGUUGUCAGUGUAGCUUGCGUACUGCGUUUAACAGCAUACAUGUAAAGAUGGAUGUUUCAUAUAUUUGUGAAUAUG